AUGCCAGCCAACACAGCCGAUCUUCAAGCAGCGUCCUUGCGUGAAGAAUCGGGUGCCCUUCCACCUCCGUCUGCACUAUUUGGCUCGUCGCGCUUCUAUUCUACAGCUGCGCCAUCCACUACAGCAACAGCAGUACCAGCCAGUGCAACCGCUGGAUACUGUACCGAGCCUACCGAGUCUCCCAGUCCCAGACCGGUCUUCAUCCUCCCGCCACCCUCUUCUCUACCGGGCUACCACCUUCCGCCACCCCACGCCUCCAUUCCUUACAUCUUCCCACCAACACCCUCUCCUCCCAACCUGUCAAUGUCUUCCCGUUCUUCCGACGCAAUGUCAGAAGCACCUGUCAACAACAAUGUUAGUGGAGCUGGAACUGGAACUGGAGCAGGUGCUGCAACUGGAGCUGGAGCCGGAACUGGAACCAAUGGAGCUGGAGGAGCCAGUGCUGUAGGAGGAGGUCAUUCGUAUGGCAUGUACUACUAUCCACAUCAACCCUAUCCCAUGUCCGCUCUCCCUCAAACCCAAAACAGUACUAUCAACAAUAUCCACCAUGGAGAUGAUUCUAGCAAUAGCAGUAGAUUAGACGAACCACCUGUCAACACUGCCACAAACGCUCCUAACAAACGCAAACGUCGUGGUGCUGUUGAAAAGAAGAAGCCUGGAAGACAAUCCGCUCACCAAAGCCCACCUUCUACUCCUCCAAACAACUACCACUAUGAAGUCAUUGAACUUCAUCAACAUGAAGCCGUAUCUGCUGCAGCUGCAACUCUUGCCUCAUUCGCAACAGCUUCUCCUUACGACACCACUCCACCGUCAACCCCUCCGUACUUUAUUGUUCCAGACGAAGAAGAAGACGAGUGUGAUGACCUUGAAGAAGCAGCCUGUGUUGGACUUGGAUCGCUUGAGUGUACCCAUUGCGGUGUCAGUUUCCGCCACACCAAUUGCCUUCAACGUCACCGUCUGGAACAUGAUGAUAGUUGGAAGGAGCUCCAGGGCAGGUCUCUGAGUAAACAACAGCAAGCACAAUUACUUGAGGCUGCUCAGAUUCUUAUGGAUAUUGCACGCUAUGGAAUGCGUGUGCGAGUCGUUAACUAA